AUGUUUAAAACAAACUUCUAAGUAAUUUUUUUGGUUAUUCAAAUAGUAUAUCCAUUCAAUUUUGUAACUUUUUUAAGAUGAUGAAAACCCUGUGAAGAAAAGCUUUAGAUUUUUACAGAUUGGUAAUGAAAUAAGUAUUUUAAUAUUAUCUUCUACUUGGGAAAUCUUAUUUACUAAUAUCGUAAUUAUCAAUGCGUUCAUAAGCCUCCUUAUUAUUUUAGUCUUUAGAGUAAUUUCCAAAAUAACUUAAGCAAUUUAUAUGUUUGAAGGCAAAAUAGCCAUAAUGAUGAUUUUACUGUAUCUUUUCCUUCUUGUUAUGUACUUUUUCCUUAUGAUUUUGGCGUUUAACUCAAUGUAUAUUAUUUUCUUAUAAUAGUGAAAUGAAUUAGAAUUUCAUUGAUGUGUAAAUAGCCUUAAACCUUUUGAGCGCUUUAUUACUAGUUUAUUUCAUUUUUGAACCAAUCGCUAUAUAUCUAAGAAUAGUUUUAUACAGACCGCUUUUCGAAAGCAUUAGAAAAAAUGAAUUUAAUCCAAUCAACCAUUUUGUUUAUUUCUUUAUCUAUGAUAGCAAAAUAAAUCAAAUCUAUGAUUAGUUAAAUAUUUGA